ACCCAAAUAAAUAGAGUUUCCAAAUCAUUUUAGCACAAUGAUGAGCAGGAUGUUACAAUGGGAAUGCCAAAUGGAGAAAAAAUCCAGUUGUAUCAGUAGGAACAAUCAAGAUCACUGAGGAAUUGAUCCUCAACAAUGUUUUAUGUGUGCCAACCUUCAGUUUUAAUUUGUUAUCAGCCAGAAGACUGACCAAAGACUCUUAAUGCUAUAUGAUUUUCUCAUAAGAGAUGUGUAUAAUACAGGGUCUUCAGACAUGGAAGACGAUUGGAUUGGGUAGACUUGAAGGUGGAUUGUAUCUUUUACAACAUAAGAGGAACAAAUUUUGUGAGGAAUAAUAUGCUUUUGCAUCCAGUGGAACCUUAUAGGGUGAUUUAAUAACUGAUUUUGAAUUAUGGCAUUAUAGGUUGAGGCAUUCAAUGCUGCCCAAAACAAGUUUUUUUUUUAAUUUUUCAGAUGUGUAAAACAUGAAGUAUGUAAUAUAUGUCCCUUAGGUAAAAUGAACAUAUUACCAUUUGAUGUUAACAAAUACAAGGUUGAACAUCGUUUUGAGCUUAUACAUUGUGAUAUUUGAGAACCUUGUAAUGAGGUCUCACAUAAUGGUUUUAGGUAUUUUUUUUUAUCUAUUGUUGAUGAUACAGCAGGUGCACGUAGUUGUCUAGCUCAAGAAUAAAUUUAAGGCAGGGCCAGCAUCACAAAAUUUUCAUGCAUGAGUGGAAACAUAGUUGGAGCAAAGAUCAGGAUUAUAAGGAGUGACAAUGGUAAAGAGUUUCUAAUGCAGGAUUUGUACUUGAAGAAGGGAAUAGUAUAUCAGAGAAGUUGUGUUGAGAUCCCAUAUCAGAAUAGGAGAGUAGAAAGAAAGCACCAAUAGAUUCUUAAUAUUGUCAGGGCUCUUAAAUUUCAAAGUGGUUAAGAUUUGAAAUUUUGGAGUGACUUUGUACUAACAGUUGUUUAUAUUAUGAAUAGGGUGACAUCUUCUGCAAUACAGAAUAAGACACCAUUUGAGAGAUUAUACAUAAGAAAACCUACAUAUGGACACAUGAAGGCGUUUGACUGUCUUGCCUUUGCCUCCAUCUUGACCAGGGAUCGUCAUAAGUUUCAUCCGAGGUAAACAAUUGCGUGUUCUUGGGUUACCCAAUAGGAACCAAGGGAUACAAGCUGUUGGAUGUUGAAAAUGACAAGGGUUUUGUGUCAAGAAAUAUAGUAUUUCAUGAAUGGAUAAUGCCUUACAGAAAAAAAAAAUUAUAGGGGAAAUGAAUCAGGUAAUUCCUAGAUUGGAGAGGAAUGGAGCUCAUAGUCUAACUGUUGAGACAGGCAGUAAGGUAAGAUAGGAUGACAAUGGCACCAGUGAAGUGAAAAAAGCUCAAGAGGAAUUAGGUGAGAACAGUUUUGAAACAGAAAGAGUUGAGAUGAGUUCAGAUGAAAGAUUUAUGGCUGAAGGGGCUGAUUCACUGGUUGGGCUAAGAAGAUCAAGCAGAGAGAGAAGACCACCAGUUUGGUUGAAGGAUUACAUACCUGGGGAAGAUUUAACUGGAAAACAUAAGGAAAUUCAGAAAAAAUGAAAGGUAAAGCCAUUCCCUUGUGUUCAUACAUGAGUUAUGAAAAUUUGAGUGAAGGAUACAAAAAAUUUAUCUUUACUGUGGAUACUGAAAAAGAACCCAGGAGCUAUCAAGAGGCUUGCAAAGACACCAGAUGGAUGAGUUCAAUGAAGAAUGAAAUAGAGGCUAUUGAAGGAAAUGGGAACUGGACAAUCACUUAUUUGCCACCUAACAAGAAAGUUGUAGAGUGCAAGUGGGUUUAUAAGAUCAAAUACAAUGCAGACGGGACAAUUGAGAGGUUCAAGGCCAGUCUGGUUGCUAAGAGAUACAUGCAAAAAGAAAGAUUAAAUUACCAUGAGACUUUCUCACCAGUAGCAAAAAUUAACACGAAGGCUGGUAGGCAAACAAUGUAUUUGACACUCACAAGGCCAGAUUUAGCGUACUCUGUGCAGCAACUUAGUCAAUUUAUGGAGAAGCCGAGGGAUAAACACAUGCAAGCUGCUUACAAAGUAUUGAGGUCACUCCUUAGUCUCAUGGAAAUCUGAAAAGUAGUCUACCAUAACAAGAUCUUCUACUGAAGUCGAGUACCAAGCUAUGGCAACUACUAGCUAUGAGAUUACAUGGAUAAAAUAUCUGAUGACCAACUUAAAGAGAGAAAAUACAGGAUGAUUGGCUAAAAACAGAAUAUGUGAAGAGUGCAGAGCAGGUUGCUGAUGCUUUGAACAAAGCACUAUCUGUAGCUUCAUUAGGACAUGAUCUGACCAAGAUAGGAGCGAAGAAUAUGUGCUCUCCAUCUUGCGGGGGUUGUUAAAGGAUGAGCAUGAAUGCAGGCGAUCAAGGCAGAAAAGAAAUAGAGGGCACGGGUGAACCAGUUCAGUCAUAUGCGUGUGUGUGUAUAUAUUACACUAAAUGAUGUCGUUUAGUUUUAGGUUUUUUUGGGAACAGAUAUAAAUAGCUUUUGUUCCCAGCUGUUUCAUUCGAAAUUAAAAGGAGUGGGGCUAAGGUUUUCUUCCUCUCGUCUCUUCAUUUCUAGGUAAGCUUUUAUCUUGCUUUCCUUUAUAUUUUCUGCAAGAAUCUUGAUAUUUAGGCUUAGAAAUUUGUUAAUAUGCUUGGAUUUCGUGAAGCUUUUACUUACCUUGGACAUUAGUGGAUAUUCAACUAUAUAUGGUACACUUAGAUGUAAAUGAAUAUUUUACUUAAAGUUGAAUAUUGAAAAUUGAGUUGAAUAUUUGGAAUUAGUCAUUAUUUUAAA